AAAGCUACCUCGAUCCCCAUAACCCCUUUUCUAUCUCCCUCUUCAUUUUCAUUUUCUCUCUCUACACCGCAGAAAACUCAUGGAGGCCCGCCUGAAAACCUCUGUCGCCGCCGCCACAUCCAUGAACAUUUCCACACCGACAGAAGAAUCUGAUUACUCAAACUCCCAUUCACCUCCAUCGUCUCCUCUGGCACAUCCGGUGGUGCUCAGCCCUUGUGCCGCCUGCAAGAUUCUCAGACGACGGUGCAUCGAGAAAUGCAUGUUGGCACCCUACUUCCCACCCACUGACCCCCAUAAGUUCACCAUUGCACAUCGCGUAUUCGGAGCUAGUAACAUCAUCAAGUUAUUGCAGGAACUUCCGGAGUCUCGUAGAGCAGAUGCUGUUAGCAGUAUGGUGUAUGAAGCAAAUGCAAGGCUUAGAGAUCCUGUGUAUGGAUGUGCAGGAACAAUUUGUCAGCUUCAGAAGCAAUUAAGUGCGCUCCAAGCAGAAUUAGCGAAAACACAAGCAGAGGUGGUGAAUUUGCAAUGUCGGCAAUCCAAUUUUCUGACACUAAUCCGUAUGCAAAUGGAUCAACAAGCACCACCAGUUUCGCCACCACAACAUCAACAAACACCUAAUUAUGAAAACGCAAGUUUUUUCGAUGAUAACGCCAAUUUAGGCAGCUUUGAGCCGCUUUGGACUUGA